AUUUAGUACCGGCGUGUGUUUUGUGUUUGUUAAGUCUGUACUUAUGUAGCAUUUAAUAUUUUGUCAGCAUUUAUGCGUUUAACUGGUUAUAAGUGUUUGUAGUAUUUUAUAUUGUUAUUUAUAAAAAAUGAAGCAAGUAUUAAUGGUUGCAGAAAAACCGUCCUUAGCUCAAUCUUUGGCACAAAUUUUAUCUAAUGGACAUGUGAAACAACGCAAAGGACUGAGUUCAGCUUGCGCUGUUUACGAAUAUGAUGGAACGUUUAACUCUCAGACUGUCAAAUUUAAAAUGACUUCUGUAUGUGGUCAUGUGAUGAGUACAGAUUUCAUCCCAAAGUAUAAUAAUUGGGAUCGAGUUGAUCCAGCUGAGCUGUUUUUAGCUCCAAUUGAAAAAAGGGAAGCUAAUCCCAAGUUGCAAAUUCCUAAGUUCUUGCAGUCUGAAGCACGCAAUUGUGAUUAUUUAAUAUUAUGGCUUGAUUGUGAUAAAGAGGGGGAAAACAUCUGUUUUGAAGUUAUAAAUUGUGUGAAAGGAGUUAUGAGGCCUCCUGCAAACAGAUUUGAGCAGGUCAUAUUUCGGGCUAAAUUUAGUGCUAUUACAGAAAAAGAUAUAAAAGCUGCAAUGAAUCAUUUGACUGAACCUAAUGAAAAUGAAUCUCUGUCUGUUGAUGCCAGACAAGAACUUGAUUUGAGGAUAGGAUGUGCAUUUACUAGGUUUCAAACAAAAUUUUUUCAGAAUAAAUAUGGCAAUCUUGACAGCACGUUAAUUUCAUUUGGGCCAUGUCAAACUCCAACUUUAGGAUUUUGUGUUGAACGCCAUGAUCGAAUUGCUUCCUUUAAACCAGAACCAUAUUAUGUGCUCGCAGUUAAGGUUAUAGCUCCGAAUCAGAGGAUCUUGUCUCUUGAUUGGGAUCGAAUAAGAAUAUUUGACAGUGAAGUUGCAAAUGUUUUCUUUCAAAUCAUUAAACAGAAGACUGAGGCUGUAGUUACUAAUGUCUCCCAAAAAGAAAAAGCAAAACAGCGUCCAUUGGCUUUAAAUACAGUGGAGCUCAUGAGAGUAGCAAGCUCUGGGCUUAAUAUGGGACCUCAUCAUGCCAUGAUGAUUGCAGAAAAGCUUUACACCCAAGGUUACAUAAGUUAUCCUAGAACUGAAACUACAAAUUAUCCAGAAAAUUUUGAUUUAAGGGGUACUUUGCAGUUACAAAGCAGAAGUUCAGAUUGGGGUAACGAAGUGCAGGAACUGCUAGGUGGUACAAUGAUUCGGCCAAGAAAAGGUCAUGAUGCUGGUGACCAUCCUCCUAUAACCCCUAUGAAAUUGGCAAAUAGAAAUGAAUUAGACUCAGAUUCAUGGAAGAUUUAUGAUUAUGUUGUCAGGCAUUUUAUUGCCACACUGUGUCCUGAUUUGAAAUAUCUGCAUACUGUUAUAUCAUUUAAAAUUGGAGAAGAAACCUUUACUUGCUCUGGAAAAGCAUUAUUGGAUCCUGGAUAUACUAAAGUAAUGACCUGGCAGGCUCUUGGUGCUGAAGAAACUCUUCCAGAUUUAAAGCGAGGAGAUAUUUGUAAAGUAACUGAGGUUAAACUCAAUGAAAGACAAACUUCCCCACCUGAUUAUCUAACAGAAUCUGAAGUAAUAACACUCAUGGAGAAACAUGGCAUAGGAACAGAUGCAUCCAUACCUGUGCACAUUAAUAAUAUUUGCCAAAGAAAUUAUGUUACUGUCUCUAGUGGACGUAAACUUAUUCCUACAUCACUUGGAAUAGUACUAGUGCAUGGAUACCAAAAGAUUGAUCCGGAUCUUGUACUGCCGACCAUGCGUGCUGCUGUUGAGAAACAGCUGAAUUUAAUAGCUCUUGGAAAAGAAAAUUAUGAAUCUGUACUUCAGCAUACUCUUACAGUUUUCCGCUUGAAAUUCCAGUAUUUUGUAACAAAUAUUACGGGUAUGGAUGAGUUAUUUGAAGCAUCAUUUAGUCCUCUUUCUGAAAGUGGAAAACCUCAGUCAAGAUGUGGGAAAUGUCGCCGUUACAUGAAGUUAAUUGCCACAAGGCCUUGCCGAUUACAUUGUCCAACUUGUGAUGAAACUUUAUCCGUACCUCAGGCUGGUGGGAAUAUUAGAAUCUUCAGGGAACUAAAGUGUCCUUUAGAUGAUUUUGAACUCUUGCAGUAUACAGGAGGUGCAAAAGGGAAGAGCUUUAUAUUUUGUCCCUAUUGUUACAAUAAUCCACCUUUUCGAGAUAUGCGAAAAUUAUCUGGCUGUAAUUCUUGCACUCAUCCUACUUGUCCGUAUUCACUUCAAAGCAAUGGUGUUUCUAAUUGUUCUAUGUGUGAUGGAGGAGUAUUGGUAUUGGACCCUGGUUCUGGACCAAAAUGGAAGCUUUCUUGUAACAG